UUGUGCCAAGUUUAUUAAACAAAUUGGAAAAUAAUUAGAAAUCCAUUAAAUAAAAUACAAAAUAGUUUGAAGGCAAUUUUCUGUGCAAUUAAACACAUCUUCCUUUCCAAAUUUAUUUUUUUUUCGUAACACCCAACAAAAUUAACACCAUUCAGUUCACUGAUAUGACGAAUUAUAAUCCAAAUAGCGGUUAUUAUGAGGAUUAUGGUUCCGGUUACUAUGCGGCGGCAUCGGCAAGCGGUGGCCCAGCCGUAACAACGCUGAACAACACUAACCUCUACCAUCAGCAGCAACAGCAUCAGCACCACCAACCGGAGCAUGAGCAAUUUCAUCACCACCACAACCAUCAUCCGCAGGAUUAUUAUAUGCCACAGGAUUAUGAAUACAAUAAGAAUGUUUAUGACCUUUUUGAUGCCAAGGUACCCUCAUCGCAAAGAUCUUCCGGUUUCCACAUAUCGGACAUAUUAAACCUAGAACAAUCAGCUGAACUAAAAAAUGGUCUAGUCCAUCAUCAUCAACAUCCUCAUGCCGCCGCCGCCGCGGCCGCCGCUCAUGCCAAUGAUAUUUCUGUCCCGCCCUCUACCGAUGCCAAUAGCAAUCAUCUGACAUCAGCCAGUACCACUCUACCGCCCACAACAUCAAAUGAAUCGCUUGGAGAUCAACAUCAUCAUAAUGCUCACAUAGCUUCGGCCCAAACGCACAAUCCUUUGGCCCAUCACGGCGGCGAUGUUGCAACAUCAGCCGCUGCAGCGGCCGUUACUCAAGCCCAGGCGGCUGCCCAUCUUUUGGCUAGUCAUCAUAAUGCCGCCGCUGCUGUGGCAGCUGCUGGACAAUAUUUGCCCAAAGGUUUUCCGAAUGGUUUCAACGAUGAUAUGUCGUCGUAUCAUCAUAUGGCCCAUACCAUGUUGACGCAUACGGGUCGGGCCGCAUGGAUGAAGGAGAAUGAAUUGUAUGGUGUCCAACAACCCGCCAGUCCGGACAGCACUUCACCCGUCAAUUCAGAAGUCUCCUACACCUAUAUUGGUUCAAAUUGCCAAACAUCACCCGCCCUAUCGGGUGAUUACAAAACCUACAGCCGCUCAGCCGACAGUGAUGCCUUGUCUGUGGGUGGUGGCGAUAGCUCCAAUCUUCAUCAUCUCCAACAUGCAGCCAAUGGCCAUGGUCUGAAGAAUUCCAAUGACAACAGCGCCGGUGGCAACUCAUCCAAUCCACACGAUGACAGCCUCAUUGAAGAUGGCAUUGAAGAAGAAAUCGAUGAUGAAAAUGAUCAGGAUGGCAGCAAUACAGGGUCCGGUGCCGAUGGCAUGCCCGGCAAAAAACGCAAACGUCGUGUCCUCUUCACCAAGGCCCAGACCUUUGAAUUGGAAAGACGUUUUCGCCAGCAACGAUAUCUCUCGGCUCCCGAGCGAGAACAUUUAGCCAGUCUCAUACGGCUGACACCGACACAGGUGAAAAUUUGGUUCCAAAAUCAUCGCUACAAGACCAAACGGGCCCAAAGUGAAAAGGGUGUGUACGAUCAACAUCCUGCCCUACAUGGACAUCCGCAUCAUCCAUCUGCUUUGCCUUCGCCACGUCGUGUUGCGGUACCAGUGCUGGUACGUAAUGGCAAACCUUGCCUAAGUGAUGGCACGAAAUUGCCUCAGGAUUGUGUGGCAGCCCAAAUGCAAAACGCCGCAGCAGCUCAUCAUUUGGUGCUGGCCAAUGGUGCUGCCUAUCAGCAUGCAGCAGCGGCGGCCGCAGCUGGUAUGCAUGCUGCCCAUGCCCAUCAAAGGGCCUGGUGGCACUAGAUCCGUCAUCAUCAAACUAUCUUAAUAGUGGAAUUAUAGGCUAUUUAUCGUUAGAAAUGAAAAGCAACUGAGUUGAACUGGAAAAAAUGCUGCUGGGUGGCCAUUUUGUCGUCAACGCCAAAAGAAAUGAACACGCAUUUGUUAGAGGGCCCCGCGUUAACACAACGAGUGGUGAAUUUGAAAAAUUCAUGCCACUUGGUAUAGGAAACCAAAUACAAGCAAUAUGAAGCGCCAUCUAGAAGCGACUCGAAUAACCAUUGGACAAUAACCAACAACAAA